GGGACAUGUUGAAUUUACCAAUCACAGUCCAUUGCGAUGCGCUCGUUAGAAGUGGCAAGAGUUAAUUUCAAGCGUGCAUUAAUAGUGACGAAACUAUCGCGAUAUGAAUACGAAAAAUAUCGCUACCCACAUUUAACCGAGACUGAGUUGGAAGCAGUACUAAAGAAACGAGGUUCCGAGUACGGAAAUUUACUCCGUCGCUACGAAAUUCAUAAAACAUUUGAAAAGCGUUUAGUGGAAAGUGUGGAAGCAUGCGGAAUUACGACCAAAGUGGUGAACCGAUUCGGAUACAAUGAAGAAAAUCUUAAAUGGGCAGAUGUUGUGGUGCCUGUUGGUGGUGAUGGUACUUUCAUACUAGCUGCAAGUAAAAUCCAAGGCAACUAUAAGCCUGUUAUUGGCUUCAAUUCAGAUCCAAGACGUUCCGCCGGUUACCUAUGCCUACCAAAAAAAUAUUCUGCCGACGUCAAAGGAGCUUUGCAGAAGAUCAUUAAUGGAGAUUUCAGGUGGAUGUUUAGAAAUAGAAUACGAAUAACAUUGUUCGGGAAAAACAUUUUCGAUGCUCCACUUGAACUUAACGAAGAGCAAUUGCGAGAACCUGGUGACACUCCUCUGCCGAAGAGAACAACUGUAACAGCUGAUUCUAAGGUUUAUAGGAGGACACUGCCAACAUUGGCUCUUAAUGAAAUAUUUGUUGGUGAAAAACAAGCCACUCGUGUGUCAUACUUGGAACUGAAGCUAGCUGGCGAAUCAAGAACGAAACUGAAGUGUACCGGAAUCUGUGUCGCGACAGGCACCGGGUCCACCGCUUGGCACGCAAGUAUGAACCGUAUUUCUGAACAGUCCAUAAGUGAAUUGCUAUCAUUAUUGAAGCAGCCAGUUUCAGAGGAAACGCGAGCAGAAUUGUGUUCACGUUUUUCGGAACAGUUGAAGUUCGAUCCCGAAGAACGAAAAAUGUGUUAUACAGUGCGUGAGUGUAUAGACACGAAAACCUGGCCAGAAGGUAAACGAAUAAACCCACGCGGCUUUGUUUCGUGGCUCGCAAUACGCUCCCGUUGUUUCGACGGAGGCCUUGCACUUGACGGUAACGUCGUUUACAAUUUCGAUGAUGGAGCAGUGGCAAUUUUUCAGGUGCUCGAUGAAGAUGCCCUACAGACGGUAAUGUUGCGGGAAUGAUAGUUUUCCUUGCACAGUCAUUUUCGUAUGCAACAGAACUGCAAUUUCGUGAAGUAAUGGGGAAAUUUUAAGCUACUGUAAGUGUUCUCUAAAUAUGAAACCCCUGGCUGACAAUGGUCUUAAGUUGUGCCUGUAUUGCAUAGAUGAUUUUUUUUCCAUGUAUUAAUAGUGCAGCUUAAGAUUUUAUAAAGCCCCAGAUGACUUACUGCAUACCAUAUUGUAAAUGACAUAUUUUGUGCACUUGUUGUAUACCAGCAACUGUUUAGGCAUUCUUACCAUAUUGCAAUAUAGCAGUGGCAUCAUAGAUGCUCCCUGUGAAACACGUACAGUCAGAAAACUUACAACUUGAUUAAGCUCAGCCUGUGAAUUUCAUUUUGAAUGAAAUUAAUAUUAGAUUGCUGGUAUAAUCCAGUAUAGAGGCCAUUCGAGCUAACUAGGUCUUCGUUGCUCUAUCAGUGUGUUCAUAAUAUUCAGUUUUGCCUGCCUACAGUGUAUUAUUUUUUUCAGAGACCACAUUUUAAAGAGGUUAUGAUGCUGUGGCCAAAAUUUAAUGUGUUGUUGCGAGGAGCAGCAUGGUUCCAGAAUGUUUUGAAUUUGUUUGCAUCCAUAAAGAUAAUUUUAUUGACAUAACACAUUUGCUUCAUGCAACUUGUGACAAAUCUACAGUAUUCAGAGCAGGCCAUAUGUGCCAUUAUAAUCAACAAGAACAUGAAUAACAAGAAAGCAAAUGAAAGAAAUCUGGCUGUUGACAUGCCAAUUUGAUCCAAGGCAGUUUAGUGUCACCAAAACACUGUACUUAAUGCAUGAUCCACCAGAAGAUUGCACUAGCUAAGAUAAAAGUUAUUCUCCUCUGUUAUCUUUUUCUUUACCGCUCCCUUUAUUCUGUAAAAACAACCUUUAUAGAAUUUAUGAAUUUCAAAUAAUUUCAUUACCAUCAAAAUAGAAAAUCUCAAAAAACAACCUCAAGUUCAUUACCGAAAAAGUCCAAAGAGGUGUACCAUCAUAUACAAAAAUAAAUUAUGAUACCUAUGUAAAUACACAGCCUUAAAAAUCUGUCAGUGCAGCCUAAAUAAACCAGACAAAGCUUCUCUUAUUGAUUUUAUUGCAAAACUUUAUUAUGCAAUAAUCACUGUUCGAUAUUUUUAAAAUAUUUCUAAAGCCUGGAAAUUAAUGAUGUGUACUUAACUUAAAACACUUAGGUUUUUGUUAUAGUACUCUAAUUAUAAUGCUCCACAUUUCACUAAGAGCUAAUGGUAAUGUCAAUACAAAAAAAUACAGUUCUCUCAUGCAAAGAAUUGGAUUCAUGAUCUUAAAAAUGGCUGCAAAUCAGCAACUGUGUAAAUCUGAAGAGGUUGAAAAUAUCAGCCAGCAAGUUGCAAAACAAAGGUUUCUUAGCCCUUGACCUAAGUUUUGAUAUUUCUAAAGCUCCUUGUCACAUCACAUGAUGGUACAUUAGAUUAGCUAAAGCCAAGGGCUCUUGUCAUACAUAAAAUUGGCAAAAACAAGAAUUAUCCCAAGCUGUGGGUUUAGAUUAGCCCCACUACUUCUGAAGAAGAUAUUUUCAGAAAUACUGAAACCUAGGUCAGUGGGUAAUUGACCUUUGUUUUGCAACUGGUUGGCUGAUCUUCAAUGUUAAUCAUGAUUUACUGGACAUAUUUUGUAAAACUGCACUGAUCUCACGUGCCAAAAAACUUAAUAUGAUUUAUUAAUUUAUAUUUGAUCUGGGAAGUGUGGUUUUUUGAACUGUGGUCAUAAAAACUGUUGAACAUAUAAGCAUUUACUACCAAAUAGUCAAGUAAGUACCUGUUAAAAAGUUUGUAUUUCUAUUUAUGUUAGUAAACCAUUAUUGACUUGCCUAUGCUUCUGUAGUAGGCGUAAGAGUGGAUAGAAUCUGUAUUUUCAUUGUAUCUUCUUUUAUACCAAUUGACACUUUAAAAAACUGUUAUAGAUUGAUAAUAUUUGUAUACUGGAAGCAAGACAGACAGUGCUUGAAUCUGAAUGCUGUCAUAACACGAUUGAAAUAAAAAACAGAAGGACAAA